AUGGCCACCGCCGGCCCAUCUACCACGAUCCGUCCAGAUGAUUUCCCCAAAUUCUUCACUAUGGGACGCCGGAGCGGGACCAAGCAAGAUCUUGCUGGGCUCGAGUUCCUGACACACUGCCCCCCCGACCUUCCCCCCCGGCAUCGCAUAUUAGCCCUCCUGGGCAUUACAGACACAGACAACCUCGCUAGUCCUACUGAGGACGGGUGGUUUGCGUCAGACUUCUAUCUGUUUCACUAUCUCUUAUCGCCACAAUUUCCACGACCACCUAACCAAAUAUGGUUGACGUGCGAAGACCCGUCGGCCCUCGUCACAAAAUACCAUGAAUACCUUCAUGGUAACUCAGAAGGUGACCGUCGGGCAGUACUAGAUGGCGAAAGACUUCUUGUCAUCUUAGGGGCUGGAAAUCUACGUCUUGUGCCACGAAAGGACCUCCUUGAGAGAUACCUCAGCACACUCAAAGAGCAAGCGGCCGAAGCGGCUCGCUGGGAAGAGCAUCUAGUCCUGCUGAUCUUUGGACACGGCACCUCAGCCCAUGGGAUAGAGGUCGGAGGCUCUACCAUGCAUAUGGAAGACCUCCGCCAUGUACUGGAACCAAUGUCUCACACCACCAUCUUCACUACGUCGUGCUACUCCGGUGGCUGGCUCGUCCGUCCAGAUAUCAACCAACACCUGCUGAACACCACAGCUAUAACAGCAGCGAGCAACGAGUCUGUAUCAUUGUCGUGGGCUGUCAGCGGAAGUGUUGGGCGUGCCAGCGGUAGCUUAGCCGCCUCCGCCGUUCUACGCUGUCUGAUAGACGCUGAGGAGUUAACCGAGGAGACCACAAGGCAUCCCACCUACAUUGAAUUUUCGAAGUCAGUGUAUGACUGCCUGAAGGGGAUGGGAACACUCGGUAAUUCCCAGGAAAUCUAUUUCUCUGCGGAAAACGACGAGACAAAUGGCUGUCUCUACGACAGGUCCCCCCCCCCCCCCUCCUCGACCGGUGGUCCGGGGCCGGCGAAGACUGGCGGCCGGCGCCUCAAACGCCUGAAGUAUCUCGCAGAAGAGUACUUUGCCGCAAAGCCAGGUCUGAAUGAAGCCGCUCCGAAUAUUGGUCUGCACAAUUGUCUCCAAACAGUUCUCAAGGGUGGUACCUACCCGAAAAAAAAGGUAGAUGGCCUGACGGAAACCACGUCGUACAGGCUAGGGGCAAUGUACGAAGCAGACUUUUUAAGGGAGCAGGCAGGGCUGAAGUUCCCCUCAAUCUUCGGCAUGGAGGUUCUCUGGCCACAAGUUACGAAUGAGUCCAACAACCGAGAGUUGUACUCACAAACAUGGAGAUUGCUUCUGAAGCGGGAAAUCUGUACAACUCCAAUUGGGAUCCGCUUGUUUUUCGCUAAACCCGUCCAGUACCUUUCAGUUGCGCUGGUGCAGUCAUCCGCGUCCUGGGAGGUGAUCCAGGGCCAUGUGGAGGCUAUGGCCUCCAAGAAAAAGGCCUGGUUUCGGUUCAUCUACAGGGCUUGGAUGGGAAAUCAAGUCGCCCAUGACGAAGGGGUGGUGAAGAGCAGACGGGCCUUCCUAGAGGCUUGCAAAAAGCUCAGGUAUUAA